UCACAUUGUUUAUCAAGAAAUAUGUCUCGACGGGCACACAGAAGACCGGAAUAUCAUAAAAUAAACAAGGAUCUUUUUGUUCUAACCUAUGGAGCCCUGGUUGCCCAACUGUGUAAGGAUUAUGAAAAAGAUGAAGAUGUGAAUAAAUAUUUAGAUAAAAUAUUAUUGUCCAACUUCAUCUACAGGGGAUAUGGCAUUGGAACACGCCUGGUAGAAGACUUUUUGGCUCGAUCCUGUAUAGGAAGGUGCCAUAGUUAUGCAGAAAUUACAGACAUAAUUGCUCAGGUUGCUUUCAAGAUGUACUUGGGAAUUACACCAACUGUGACAUGUAACAAUUCCAGCAGAAAUGAAUUUUCCCUGAUUCUAGACAAGAACCCUCUGAUAGAGUUUGUGGAAGAGCUCCCUGCUGGGCGAUCUUCUCUGUGCUACUGCAAUUUACUCUGUGGGAUUAUCAGAGGUGGCCUGGAAAUGGUCCAUUUGGCUGCCGAUGUUACAUUCUUACAAGACAGACUAAAAGGCGACAGUGUGACAGAAAUAGGAAUAACAUUUCUGAAAAAAUUAGAUGGGAAAAAAUACAGGCGGAACAAGUGA